AUGCCUCGACGACACCAAUACACAGACGUACGGCCACAAGACCACCACGAUGACGACUCAUCGACCGAGGUCGAAUCUCUCGUUGGGGGCGAGAAAGCAUGGGCAACAAAUGACUACACGCGACCAUCACAAUCGCGGAGAAACGUUUUAUGUCCGCCUUGUUUGUCGGCUCUCCGGUGGUUCAUCGUCAUCGCGCUUCAAGUCGUUAUCGUUGGACUCUUGGCCCGCGAACAAGGCCUAUUAAUGGACUCGAAGUGGACACGACCCGCAGCGACCAGCGAGAAAGAAGUAGGUGGCGACAUGACCGGCUGGGGUCCACACAUCCCGACAAAGGUCACAACAUUCCAGAUCAACCAAACGUACGCCCCUUACAAUACCUCAGACUUCUUCAAACCCGAAACCCUCGCCGCGUGGAAUGAACUAAUCCCCGUCGGCAUGGGCUUCCAACACAUCAAGCGACCGCAAGACUACCACGACCUCCCGACCCCAAUAGUCUGGGACCAGAACAAGACUGUCUUCACCACCUCCAUGACGCACCAACUGCACUGCCUCUAUGCAGUGGUCGAAGUCUACAGUGGCCUGAAGAGCAACAUCUCCCUCCCCGAAGACCACCACUGGCACAUGAUCCACUGCUUCGAUUACAUGCGCCAGGCCAUCAUGUGCUCGGCCGAUCUGGCCCUCGAAGGUCUGGAGACCACGUUUCCUGACCACAAUGGAGGGAGUGAUGGUUGGGAUAGCAAACAUGUGUGCAGGGAUUACAGUCAGGUGAAAGCGCAUCUGGAGAAGGUUAGGGCGUAUGACGACCAGGAAAUUUUUUGA